AUGACCGAGGGCGCGCUGCCGGCGGACGAGGUCCGAGUGCCCCUGGGCGCGCCUGCCCCGGGCCUUGCGGUGGCGGCGGGGGCGUCCCCGGCGAGUCCUGGGGCGCCGGGGCAAGAGACGGAGCGUGGGUCCGGGCUCCGUGCAUCGCCCCCCGAGAGCCCGGCAGCAGAGCGCAGCGCGGAGCUGGGCGCCGACGAGGAGCAGCCCGUCCCGUACCCGGCGUUGGCGGCCACUGUCUUCUUCUGCCUUGGGCAGACCACGCGGCCGCGCAGCUGGUGUCUCCGGCUGGUCUGUAACCCGUGGUUCGAGCACGUCAGCAUGUUGGUCAUCAUGCUCAACUGCGUCACCCUGGGCAUGUUCCGGCCUUGUGAGGACGUUGAGUGCCGCUCGGAGCGCUGCAGCAUCCUGAAGGCCUUUGACGACUUCAUCUUCGCCUUCUUCGCGGUGGAGAUGGUCAUCAAGAUGGUCGCAUUGGGGCUAUUCGGUCAGAAGUGCUACCUGGGUGACACGUGGAACAGGCUGGACUUCUUCAUCGUCAUGGCUGGUAUGAUGGAGUAUUCUCUGGAUGGACACAACGUGAGCCUCUCGGCCAUCCGGACAGUGCGUGUGCUGCGGCCCCUGCGUGCCAUCAACCGCGUGCCCAGCAUGCGUAUCUUGGUCACGCUGCUGCUGGACACCCUGCCCAUGCUGGGGAACGUGCUCCUGCUGUGCUUCUUCGUCUUUUUCAUCUUCGGCAUCGUGGGCGUGCAGCUCUGGGCUGGCCUGCUGCGCAACCGCUGCUUCCUGGACAGUAACUUUGCCAGGAACAGCAACCUCACCUUCCUGCGGCCGUACUACCAGACGGAGGAGGGCGACGAGAACCCCUUCAUCUGCUCCUCGCGCCGUGACAACGGCAUGCAGAAGUGCUCACACAUCCCCAGCCGCCGCGAGCUGCGCGUGGAGUGCACGCUGGGCUGGGAGGCCUAUGGGCAACCGCAGGCCGAGGGCAUGGGCGGUGCCGGCCACAACGCGUGCAUCAACUGGAAUCAGUACUACAACGUCUGCCGCUCUGGUGACUUCAACCCUCACAACGGCGCCAUCAACUUCGACAACAUUGGCUACGCCUGGAUUGCCAUUUUCCAGGUGAUCACGCUGGAGGGCUGGGUGGACAUCAUGUACUACGUCAUGGACGCCCACUCCUUCUACAACUUCAUCUACUUCAUUCUGCUCAUCAUUGUGGGCUCCUUCUUCAUGAUCAACCUGUGUCUGGUGGUGAUCGCCACACAGUUUUCAGAGACAAAGCAGCGAGAGAACCAGCUGAUGCGGGAGCAGCGCGCCCGCUACCUGUCUGAUGACAGCACACUGGCCAGCUUCUCAGAGCCGGGCAGUUGCUACGAGGAGCUGCUCAAGUAUGUGGGCCACAUCUGCCGCAAAGUCAAGAGACGCAGCCUGCGCUUCUAUGCCCGCUGGCAGAGCCGCUGGCGCAAGAAGGUGGACCCCACCAGCACCCUGCACGGUCAGGGCACCAGCCACCGGCCACGGCGGGUGGGCAGGCGCACAGCCUCCAUCCACCACCUGGUCUACCACCACCACCACCAUCACCACCACCACUACCACUUCAGCCAUGGCAGCCCACGCCGGCCCAGCCCCCAGCCAGGCACUGGAGGUGGCAAGCUGGUGCGGGCCGGAGUGCUGCCCUCACCACCAUCCCCCGGCCAUGGGCCACCUGACGCUGAGUCAGUGCACAGCGUGUAUCAUGCAGACUGCCACGUGGAGGGCCCGCAGGAGAGGGCCCGGGCAGUGCAAGCUGUGGCCACUGCUGCCAGCUUGAAGCUGGCCACGGGGCUGGGUGCUAUGAACUACCCCACCAUCCUGCCCUCGGCAGUAGGUGGUGGCAAAGGUGGCACCAGUCCUGGGCUCAAGGGAAAGCGGGCCAGCAAGCCACCGGGAGCCGGAAGGCAGAGCCCCCUCAGCCUAAGCAGCCAUGACCCCUAUGAGAAGAUCCAGCAUUUGGUUGGGGAACACGGACUGGGCCAGGCUCCCAGCCGCUUGUCCGGCCUGAGCGUGCCCUGCCCGCUGCCCAGCCCCCAGGCGGGCACGCUGACCUGUGAGCUGAAGAACUGCCCAUACUGCGCCAGCGCUCUGGGAGACCCCGAGUUUGAGUUCAGCGACUCAGAGGGCGGAGACUCAGACAGCAACGCGGUCUAUGAGUUCACGCAGGACGUGCGGCACGGGGACCGCCGUGACCCCAUGCAGCCUCCCGCAGCAGCAGACACGCCAGGCCAGGGCAGCACGCGGAGGCGGGCACAGCGGCAGGUGGGCUCUGGCGAGCAGGGCGGGCUGACCCGAGUGUGGGCCGCCAUCGGCAGUAAGCUGCGCAGGAUCGUGGACAGCAAGUACUUCAACCGCGGCAUCAUGGUGGCCAUCCUCACCAACACACUGAGCAUGGGCGUCGAGUACCACGAGCAGCCAGAUGAGCUGACCAACGCCCUGGAGAUCAGCAAUAUUGUGUUCACCAGCAUGUUCGCCCUAGAGAUGCUGCUGAAGUUACUGGCCUGUGGCCCGCUGGGCUACAUCCGGAACCCCUACAACAUCUUUGAUGGCAUCAUCGUGGUCAUCAGUGUCUGGGAGAUCGUGGGGCAGGCGGACGGUGGGCUGUCGGUGCUGCGGACCUUCCGGCUGCUGCGGGUGCUGAAGCUGGUACGCUUCAUGCCGGCGCUGAGGCGGCAGCUGGUGGUGCUCAUGAAGACCAUGGACAACGUGGCCACCUUCUGCAUGCUGCUCAUGCUCUUCAUCUUCAUCUUCAGCAUCCUGGGUAUGCACCUCUUUGGCUGCAAGUUCAGUCUGAAGACAGAUACUGGUGACACGGUUCCUGACAGGAAGAACUUUGACUCCCUCCUGUGGGCCAUUGUCACCGUGUUCCAGAUCCUCACCCAAGAGGACUGGAACGUCGUCCUCUACAAUGGCAUGGCCUCCACCUCCUCCUGGGCCGCCCUCUACUUCGUGGCCCUCAUGACCUUUGGCAACUAUGUGCUCUUCAACUUGCUGGUGGCCAUCCUGGUGGAGGGCUUCCAGGCAGAGGGUGAUGCCAACAGGUCUGAUACAGAUGAAGAUAAGACAUCCACCCACUUGGAGGAGGUUUUCGAUAAGUUCAGAGACCUCCAGGCCACGGAGAUGAAGAUGUACUCCCUGGCCGUGACCCCCAAUGGGCACCUGGAAGGCCGAGGCAGCCUGCCCCCUCCCGUCAUCAUGCGCACCGCAGCCACGCCCAUGCCCACCCCCAAGAGCUCCCCGAACCUGGACACGGCCCAUAGCCUCCUGGACUUACAGCACAGUAGCAGCAGCUCCGUGGACCCCCAGCUGGGGGACCAGAAGUCUCUGUCCAGCCUCCGCAGCUCGCCCUGUGCCCACUGGGGCCCCAACAGCACCUGGAGCAGUAGGCGCUCAAGCUGGAACAGCCUGGGCCGUGCACCCAGCCUCAAGCGCCGGAGCCAGUGUGGGGAGCGCGAGUCGCUGCUGUCCGGCGAGGGCAGGGGCAGCACAGACGAAGAGGCCGAGGACAGCAGACCUGGGGCUGGGGCCUCGCCGGGCACACAUGCCACCCCACUGCGGCGUGCUGAGUCCCUGGGUCACCGUGGCACCCUGGAUGUGCGGCCCCUGCCGCCGGACACCUUGCUGCCUACCAAGCUCCAUGACUGCAAUGGGCAGGUGCUGUCCCUUCCCAGCGAGUUCUUCCUGCGCAUAGAUAGUCACAAGGAGGACCCAGCCGAGUUCGACGACGACAUGGAGGAUAGCUGCUGCGCUCGCCUGCGCAAGGUGCUGCAGCCCUACAAGCCUGAGUGGUGUCGGAGCCGGGAGCCCUGGGCACUGUACCUCUUCUCCCCGCAGAACAGGUUCCGCGCCUCCUGCCAGAAAAUCAUCGCUCACAAGAUGUUCGAUCACGUUGUCUUGGUCUUCAUCUUCCUCAACUGUAUCACCAUCGCCCUGGAGAGGCCAGACAUUGAUCCGGGAAGCACCGAGCGUGUUUUCCUCAGCGUCUCCAACUACAUCUUCACAGCGAUCUUCGUGGUCGAGAUGAUGGUGAAGGUGGUGGCCCUAGGCCUGGUCUCUGGGGAGCACGCCUACCUGCAGAGCAGCUGGAACGUGCUGGACGGGCUGCUGGUCCUGGUGUCCUUGGUCGACAUUAUUGUGGCCAUGGCCUCAGCUGGUGGUGCCAAGAUCCUGGGCAUCCUUCGUGUGCUGCGCCUGCUGAGGACACUCCGGCCUCUGAGGGUCAUCAGCCGUGCUCCAGGCCUCAAGCUAGUUGUGGAAACCCUGAUAUCAUCUCUCAGGCCCAUUGGCAACAUCGUCCUCAUCUGCUGUGCUUUCUUUAUCAUCUUCGGGAUUCUCGGGGUGCAGCUCUUCAAGGGCAAGUUCUACUACUGCGAGGGUCCCGACACCAGGAACAUUUCCACCAGGGCCGAGUGCAGGGCUGCCCACUACCGCUGGGUGCGGCGCAAGUACAACUUCGACAACCUGGGCCAGGCGCUGAUGUCCUUAUUCGUGCUGUCCUCCAAAGAUGGCUGGGUGAACAUCAUGUACGACGGGUUGGACGCUGUGGGCAUAGACCAGCAGCCGGUGCCCAACCACAACCCUUGGAUGCUGCUCUACUUCAUCUCCUUCCUGCUCAUCGUCAGCUUCUUUGUGCUCAACAUGUUUGUGGGCGUGGUGGUGGAGAACUUCCACAAGUGCCGGCAGCACCAGGAGGCCGAGGAGGCACGGCGGCGAGAGGAGAAACGGCAGCGCCGCCUGGAGAGGAAGCGCAGGAGCACUUUGCCCAACCCAGAGGCCCAGCGCCGUCCCUACUACGCCGACUACUCGCCCACCCGCCGCUCCAUCCACUCGCUGUGCACCAGCCACUACCUCGACCUUUUCAUCACCUUCAUCAUCGGGGUCAACGUCAUCACCAUGUCCAUGGAGCACUACAACCAGCCCAAGUCGCUGGAUGAGGCCCUCAAGUACUGCAACUACGUGUUCACCAUUGUCUUCAUCUUUGAGGCUGUGCUGAAGCUUGUGGCAUUUGGUUUCCGGAGGUUCUUCAAAGACAGGUGGAACCAGCUGGACCUGGCCAUUGUGCUGUUGUCCAUCAUGGGCAUCACGCUGGAGGAGAUCGAGACAAGUGCGGCACUGCCCAUCAACCCCACCAUCAUCCGCAUCAUGCGUGUGCUCCGCAUCGCCCGAGUGCUGAAGCUGCUCAAGAUGGCCACAGGCAUGCGGGCCCUGCUGGACACAGUGGUGCAAGCCCUGCCCCAGGUAGGGAACCUCGGCCUACUUUUCAUGCUCCUGUUUUUUAUCUAUGCUGCCCUGGGAGUGGAGCUGUUCGGUAGGCUCGAGUGCAGCGAGGACAACCCGUGUGAGGGCCUGAGCAGGCACGCCACCUUUUCCAACUUUGGCAUGGCCUUCCUCACACUGUUCCGUGUGUCCACAGGGGACAACUGGAAUGGGAUCAUGAAGGACACACUUCGGGAGUGCGCCCGUGAGGACAAGCACUGCCUCAGCUAUCUGCCGGCCAUCUCGCCCAUUUACUUUGUAACAUUUGUGCUGGUGGCCCAGUUUGUGCUGGUCAACGUGGUGGUAGCCGUGCUCAUGAAGCACUUGGAGGAGAGCAACAAGGAGGCCCGCGAGGAUGCCGAGCUGGACGCCGAGCUGGAGCUGGAGAUAGCACAGGCACCCCCCGCUCAUACCAGGCCCGUAGCCCCACAGAGCCCAGGUGCCGGGCCCGAUGCCCCCAGCCUCCUGGUGGCACGCAAGGUGUCUGUGUCCAGGAUGCUCUCCCUGCCCAAUGACAGCUACAUGUUCCGGCCUGUGGCACCUGCCUCAGCCCCUCACUCCCAGCCCCUGCAGGAGUUGGAGAUGGAGACCUAUGUGGACACAGCCCCCUCCAGCUUGGUCACCUCUGAGCACUCACCACCUGUGGAGUCCUCCGCCUCCCUCCAGGUCCCGUCAGCCACAUCCUCCCCUGCCAGGGGCAGCAACUCUCUCCUCACCCUGCCCCCUCGGGGCGCAGCCCGCUCCCCCAGCUUUAGCCGCCUGCUCUGCAGACAGGAGGCUGUGCACACCGACUCUCUGGAAACACAGGUUGAUGGACCCAGGGACUGCAACCUGGGCUGGGGGGAGCCUGGCAGGAAGACCCCCACGAGGCAGGCAUCCCUGAGGGCCUCCCUGCAGUCCCCACCCUGCUCCCCAAGGCCCGCCAGCAUCCGCACCCGCAAGCACACUUUGGGACAACGCUAUCUCUCCAGCCAGCCACCGGCCCCAGGCGAGGAGGAGGUGGAGGCCCCAGACCCAGCUGAUGAGGAGGUCAGCCACAUCACCAGCUCAGCCCGAAGCCCCUCACCCCCAGCCCACGAGGUGGUGGGUGGUGAGCCAGGCUUGCACAGGCUCUACGAUGUGGACGCCCAGGGCUUCCUGGACCAGUCUGGCCGGGUGGACGAGCAUCGGAGGUCCUUGGUGGAGCAGGGUGGAGGGGACGGCCGCCUAGAGACUGGAGAGGUGAAGGUCCGGGCCCUGGAGGCCGAGCCAGCCCUAGGGGCACGCAGGAAGAAGAAAAUGAGCCCUCCAUGCAUCUCUGUAGACCCCCCUGUGGAGGAUGAGGGUUCAGCCCGGCCCCCCACGGUGGAAGGCAGUAGUACCACCCUGCGGCGGAGAACCCCGUCCUGUGAGCCCAUGGAGGGCAUGGGGGUGGACCCUACCACCAAGGGGGAGCGGUGGGGCCAGGCCCCCAGCCGCUCAGAGCACUUGACCAUCCCCAGCUUUGCCUUCGAACCAUUGGAUGUGGGGGGCCCCAGUGGGGACCUGUACUUGGACAGUGGCCACAGGGUGGCCCUGGAACCCAGAGCUUCCUCCUCAGGGGCCACAGCACCUUCCGAACCCCACAAAACAGAGUCUCUGGUGGCCUCUGGUGACCCCCCAGAGAAGGGGCGGGGACUCUACCUCAAAGUCCCCCAGAGUUUUGUAAAGAAAGCAGUAUCUCUUCCAGCCAGCCCCACCCCAGAUGACAGUGUGGACGAGCCUGUGUAA